AUGGCAUCGAGACUUCGCUGUUGCACACUAGACGGCACUGGGUUAUUUGAGUCCUUUCAAAGUCAUAAGACCUGCUAUCAGGAGCUUGCUUCUCUUUCGUACUUGAGACACGCUCCUCUUUUCCUCGGCCAGCAGAGCUUGUCUAUUAUGAUGCGUGGAUUUCCAGACGCUCCUACACCCAAGGAAUCUCCCCACCAAGUCCUUCUGCGAGAUACUCCUCUGCUGGGCCUGCUCGACGAAAAACAAAGAACCCCCAAGACCUUUCCAAGUACGGUUGAACACCAGUGGAGCCUCGACAGUCUACUUUCCCCAGUACGCUCAAAGAGCACUGAUCAAUAG